AUGGCCACCCUGAAGCAGAUUCAACUGCGUCUCAAGUCGGUCACAAACAUUCAGAAGAUUACCAAGUCGAUGAAGAUGGUGUCGUCCGCCAAGUUCAAACGCGCUGAGCAGAACCUCAAGGCUGCUACCGCUUUUGGUCCCGCCUCCUCCGUGCUGAAGGACAAGGCUGGCAUCGAGGCCCAGCCCGGAGAGAAGCUGCUGGUCAUCCCCGUCUCCUCGGACCGUGGUCUCUGCGGUGGUAUCCACUCGGGUCUGUCCAAGGCUGUUCGCUUCCUGGUCCAGGACCAGCCCGCUGGUACUGAUGUCAAGAUUAUCACCGUGGGUGACAAGACCCGUGGUAUCUUGAGCCGUUUCAUGCCCAAGCUUAUCUACGGUAGCGCCAACGAGGUUGGCCGUCUGCCCCCCACCUUCAACGAGGCCUCGUUCUUCGCCCAGCAGGUUCUGGCCUCGGAUGUGCAGCCCGAUCAGAUUGCCAUCCUCUUCAACAAGUUCAACUCGGCCGUCUCCUACACGGUGCAGACCGUCACCCUCCCUGGCAUGGGCUCUCUUGAGGGCCAGGAGGCCCUCGAUGUCUAUGAUGACCUUGAUGCCGAGACCCUCCGCUGCUACCAGGAGUUCAACCUGGCGUCCAACAUUUUCUUCGCCAUGCUCCAGGGCCAGGCCGCCGAGCAGAGCGCUCGUAUGACGGCCAUGGAGAACGCCAGCAAGAACGCCGGUGACAUGAUCCACAGCCUUACCCUUACCUUCAACCGCACUCGUCAGGCCGUCAUUACGCGCGAGCUUAUCGAGAUUAUCUCGGGUGCUGCUGCCCUGGAUUAA